AUGAUCUACGCACACAUCCCAACCAACACCGGCCCUUGCACCUACGAUAUUCACAUGCACCGAAAAACACCACAUUGGAACCCAGACACCGUCGGAACUCCCCAAUCUGGCCAGUUCUUCGAAGAAAAACACCACAACCCGGGCGUCGCUUUCGGAUCCGAUGGCAACCACAACGCCAUCCUCUUGACCUGCCGAACCAUCCAUUCAGAAGCUUUACCAAUCCUAUACGCAUCCACCCCACUAGCGCUCUGGCGACCCAUGUACGACUACGGCGGUAGAGAACACUAUCACAAUUUCUUGGAUAAAGUGUUUGAUUCUUUGCCGACACAUGCGGCGAAACAUAUCCGCAUUCUACAGCUCCAAGGCGAAGUUUUUCAAAAAAGCAUGCAGGUGCUUCUUGAGUUGAUUCCUACAAAAUUGCCUGCAUUGAAGUAUCUGGAGAUGGUGGUGGAUCCGUAUUAUGAAGAUUUGAAGAGACGACGGCAAUGGUUUGACGAUAGAGCGUUUGCUAGACAGAUGUGGCCUGCGAUAUCAUGUCUGCAUCUCGUGGCUGACAAGCUAGAAGAAAUCCACAUCACAUUAUCGCCACCGAAAGAUGGCGUGUACAUCAAUCUCCCCACCGGUCAAGGAAAUUGGCUGAGUGGAAAAAAAUAUAAACACUUCCUCUGGUCAUAUCUACAAACAACGGUAUUGAGAUACGAGAUCACGAUCCACAACUCCCUGCAAACAACAGAUGCGAAAAAAGGAAUGCAAUUUUUCAUGGACGUACUGGAAAACAAACGAAGAGAUCUUUUUGAGAUUUAUCAAAGAGGGAUGGGGGAAGGGGGUGUUGAGGCGUAUUUGGAAAAGUUGGCGGGGUUUGGAUUGCAGGAUGAGAAGGAGUGGAUGAGGAGGGUUAGCGGAAGAGUUGUUGAGGAGAUUGAUGGGGAGGAAGGGAGGGUUGUUGUGAGGGAGGGGGAUGGGGAGGGAGGGAGGAAGUGGUGUAGGAUUGUUUAUACGAUGGCGCCGAGGGGGAUUGCUGGUGAGGAGGGCUUGUUGUUGUUGGGGUUCAUCUCUUUCAUACUCUCGAUCCUGUCUCCGAUCUAUCCUUGA